AUGCAGCCAAAGUUGCUCUUUGCUGGUGCCAUGCUGAUCUAUAUAAUGCAGUCUACAAGUGCAAUAAGUCAUAUUUCACAAGUCAAUUUGGACUUUGAGCUGAAAAAAGCGCCCGGUGACAAAUACUAUAGAGCUGAUAUAAAAGACGAUGACGUGGUGGAUAUGUAUCAAAAAUGGGUGGAUACGGGCCUCAGCUCGUUGAUGUCGGCGAUCGCUAAUCAUAAGUAAGCCACGUCUUUAUAUAUAAUGUAUUAUUAUUCAUAACAAGUUGUGUCGAAGAACGGUCACUUCAGAAUCAUGUUUUUAGACUAAAACGUCAGCGUCGAUCGAUAAUUCUAAAGUACGGAGAAUGCUCAUCAAGUGCCACUGAUAUACCAAAGCAUGCCAGAUGUCUCAGCAAACUGUUGAAGAAUGAGAUUAAGGCAGAAAUAAGGAAACGACCUCAUCGGCUUCAGAAGUACAGAAAAGAGAUAGAAGGAUUCAAAACCGAUUUUUCACAGGAUUCCGAAGACUUACACUUGCCUAAAACAAGGGGUAGAAGAUCACCAAAAGUUCAGGCCUCUGAUUCCUACACUCUCAAGACAAACAAGGAGCAAAUGACUCCGCUUGGCCACAUAGCCAAAGCUUUGAUGGAGUCUGUGAAGAAAUUGAAGGGCAAAUCGGAAAUCCCCAAAUGGCAGAGAACUGUUGAGAAGUUGAAGACAAACGGAGCAAAAAGAAAAAAGUACCAAGAGAUGAUUGAGAACGAUAGUGAGGAGAACUUGCCGAAUAUGCGACUGGGACUGCUUAAAGAAAAGAUGGGAAACAAAGUGACGGCUGACGACCUGGAUAUGGAAAAAAUUGUUAACGAUCCAAAGGAGUUGAAGAAACUGGUCAAAAGCAAGAAGAUCCCAAAAACAAAAGAGGAUAAAGUUGUGGGCAUGAUCAAAGGCGCGCUGAAACUGAUAUACAGCUUGGCGGGGGAGAACACAACGAAUUUUGAAGAGAGGAAUAUGAAGUUAGUGUCGCCAAGAUUUUUGGGAGUUGUGCCGGAGGAAAAGAAAGAGGAUGAGGUAAGAAGUCGGCCAAAUAUUAUACAGGGCAGUGCAUCUUUGUGGCCCGAUUUGAAUUGGCUAUAACUUCUUCAGUUUUUGGCCAAAUCUUAAAAUCCUUUUUUCCUUGAAUCCCCAGACAUCCCCAUUUUGUUUUAUACCAAACAUGUUAUACAUAGGUAAGCUUUGCCUACAGUUAUUGGAUUUAUUCUUGGAGUUCAUUUUUUCGUUAUAGCCAAUUCAAAUCGGGCCACAAAGAUGCCCCACCCUGUACAUGAUUCUGCAAUCAGAAAGUAAAAUCUAAAGUCUAUAAAAUUCUAGUCCAGGGAAAUAAGUAAAAUCUGGAUUUGACUGUACUCAAACUGGGUUAUUUUUUGAGUAAUAUAACCUAGUCCACUCUGACCAACGCUAUUUUCAGAUCAGUCUAAUCUCGCCCUCACUCUUCUCUCUCCACGACCAAGGCGAAGGAAUUGAGAACCUGACCAGUCUCCCCAAUCUCCUCAAAGGAUUCUCCAGCCAAGAUCAACAACUUUGGCUGGAUAUCAUUAUGGAGGCAGCCGGAGUGAAUGAGCAAAGCGAUAAGCUUGAGCAAGAUGUAAAUGAGAUUGAAAUAAACAAAACACGGUCCUUAAUGACGAACAUUACAAAUCUGAUCGAUGAAAAUGGCACUCCACUUUAUGCGACAAAAGAGAAUGCCACGGAAUUGGGGAUGUCGCCGGAGCACAUCGAAAUGUUCGAGAAGUUCCAUACGAACUAUAGUAAAGAGCAGGUAAGGAAGCAACUUUAUGUCUAGUUUAGAAAAAUCCCCUAAUGUUUGGGACACUUUCUUGCCAAACAUGCUUUUCUUUCCAAUAAAUCGUCUAAAUUUUCAGUUGCGCGAGAUGAACACCACUGGUUAUUCGAUCCUCAAACCGCAUCAAAUUGAGAUGAUCUAUGGCCCGAACUCCCCAUACGCCGAUGCGGCCGUAUAUAACCGUCUAAUGAACAUGACUGAAGAAGAAAUUCGUGAUCAUUUGCACGACGAUUUUCAGCGGUUGGCGGAGUUGGAACACUUUAAAAUCGAUGAAAAUGAAUUUGCAAAAUCUCAAACUAAGCAUCAUGACCGAAGAAGGAAGCGCCAGCUUUUGUCUGGUCUAAUCUUAUCGCCCGUUAGUUUCACCUGGUUAGUUGCAAACCCGUUGCUGGCUUCGCAGCCAUUCAUCCUGUCGCCGGUCAUUUUCACGCCUCUCGUUUUGUCCCCAUCAAUUUACGGCGCGCUGAUCCUGACCCCUUGGAUUUUCACACCGCUAAUCCUGUCGCCGCGUAUUCUAGGAACGAUUAUUUUGUCGCCGUUCAUGUUCAAUCCCUUGAUCUUGUCACCAUUCGCUCUCCAUCCGGCCAUUCUGUCGCCGGGUCUGUUCACCCCGCUAGUUCUGUCACCUCUUCUCAUGGUACCAUUCAUUUUGUCCCCUCAAGUCUUCACUCCAAUUAUUCUAUCGCCCCUUUGUUUAUCGCCACUAAUUUUAAAUCCUAUGGUGGGAUCUCCUCUAAUAUUAUCACCAUUUGUGCUGUCUCCGAUUAUUGCGUCGCCAAUGGCCCUAAGCGCUUUGGUGUUGUCGCCAUACGCUCUUUCGCCGGUCAUCUGGAGUCCACUGAUUGUGUUUGCGGCUGUCUUGUCGCCGUCAUGGCUCAGUUAAAAGAUUUUUUGGGCUAG